UUUCCUUUAGAGUACUUUACGUGUGUGCACUGAAAGAAAGCAAAAGCAGAUCACCUGAAAGUGGUUUUCCAUGUCGUCUGUGGUCCUGGGAUGGAGAAAAAUAAAAUAUUCCUGCAAGUGAACUCAACUUGUGUGUUGAAAAGAGGUGGAGCCGGAAGCUGUGUGAACUCCUGCCAACUUGGUGACCGACAAGUGCCGUCAUGUCGUUGCGGUUCUCGGAUGAAGACUUCCAAGCGGCCUGGAAGGAGUUGGACGAGCCGCAGCUGGAAGGAGGAUGGGAACUUUUCACCGAGACGAUGGGCGUGAAAAUCUACAGGCUUUUUGAUAAGGAAACGGGACUUUACGAGUACAAAGUGUUUGGCGGGCUCAGCAGCUGCACUGCAGAGCUGUGUGCGGACGUCUACAUGGACCUGGCCUAUCGCAAGCACUGGGAUGGAUACGUCAAAGAGCUCUCUGAGGAGCAGUUUGACGGACAAACAGCCAUCUACUGGGAAGUCAAGUACCCAUUCCCUCUGUCCAACAGAGACUAUUUAUACGUCCGGGAGCGCAGAGUCCUGGACGUGGACGGCAGGAAGAUCUGGGUCAUCCUGGCCAGAAGCUCUCCAGGGACGCCGUGCCCGGAGAAGAGCGGCGUGCUGAGAGUGAAGGACUACAAGCAGACCGUCGCCAUGGAGACGGACGGCGCCAGUGGGACUAAAGUUUUCAUUAAUUACUUUGACAAUCCUGGCGGCAUGAUUCCCACCUGGCUGGUCAACUGGGCGUCGAAGAGCGGUGUUCCUGGCUUCCUCACCGACAUGCAGAAGGCCUGCAGCAACUAUCCAACUUACUGCCAGAAGAAAUGACACCUGACUUUUAUUUCUUGCUCAAACUGUGAUUGGAAUGUGCGAGAUUUUAGUAAUCACCGGUCGGGCUGAGCUCCAUUAGUCUUCGAAGAAUAACAAACACAGCCUCCUCCUCCUCGUUUGAUUUGAAUGUGAAGAAAAACGGAUGCACUAGGAUUUAUUGUUUGUGUAUUUUUAAUCCACUGGAAUGAACUUUUGCAAAUAUUAUUUAUGAAAUUUCAGCAUGGCUCCUCGAGACUGUUUGGAUUUGUCUUUGCUGAAUGUUUGCACGCACUACGACUUUCAAUGUGAAAUGAAAAAGCUGUGAUUUAUUUAGUCAUAUUUUUUAAAGUGUGUGUCUUUUAUUGACAUGUUUGACAUUUGUAAAGAACAGCGUUUGACUGGAAUGAAACAAAAUUGUUUUUUUUGCGUA